AGAUGAUGAUGGGAGGUACUUCUGGGAACAUGCUGCUACCCGGAUAUCCUCCUUAUUCCUCUUUUCCAACAAUAACUGCGCAACAACCAGCCAGAGACUCUGUCAGGUAGACUACAGUCAUUUAGGUUUAUCUUCAACUCUAACAGACACAAACAGUCUACAGGAGCGGGCAGGAUGUCUGUGACCAUGACCAAGGCUGAUGGGGUCACUAUGAUCACUUUGACCUCUGACCCCCAAAGUUUUUGUCCUCCACUGUGCCAAAUCUUCAAAGGCCUCUGCUACAGCCCCGUGCUCUGCUCUGUGUCUCAGCACCUGAGGAGGGUCCAGAGAAAUUCUCAGUCCGUUCUGGGGGCUCUGCACAUUAUGGUUGGGUUGCUCAACAUCGGCCUUGGAGUGAUCCUCUGUAGCAGUCGACGUGGCUCUUGGUAUCAAAUGGAUAGAAGCUUGUUUCCUUUUUGGUUUGGAGGAUUGUUCAUGCUGUUUGGCACUAUUUGCAUUUUGUCUGAGAAGUGCCCGAGUCCAUGUCUGGUCAUCCUCAAUGUGCUCCUGAAUCUAGCGGGAGUUGCUUUCGCCCUUGCAGCCAUCGUACUAUACAGCGUCAAUAUGGCAAACAUGUCCACGUGGUGGAGAUGUGGCGAUGAUAAUUAUUAUUAUAAUUACUAUUCAGGCUACAGACAAACUACUACACCUUCACCUCCUGGGACGGACAUCAUGAAGGAGAAAUGCCUGGAGGGCAAAGAACUGGUUCUGAUGCUGUUGAGAAGCAUGAAUGUUGUGCUGAUUGUCCUGUCAGCCCUGGAGCUCUGCCUCGUCAUCAGCUCUGCCGUCCUGGGGAUCAAGGCUCUGAGGAGCCGUGAGGACGGAGAAAAGAAGAAGAUUGGUGACCCAGAACUCUACAAACCACUGCUGGAGGAAGUCACCAGUAACCCUGCGGCCUAAAACCUCUGCUUUGUGCUGUCAGUUAUCAGGUACUAUAAUCCUGGGCAUUUAUACCGUUGACUGUAUGUACUGUAACGUCAAUGAUUUACACAAAUUCAGCUGUCUCUGCCAAACGUCUGGGUCUUUUCUUACAAGGGAUGCUUACAAAUAUUUUGCACUUAUAUUUUAUUACAUUAUUUUUGAUAAUAAUCUGCACUAAAUUGUAUAUGCUGCUUUCCAUUUCAUUCUCUGUGGAUGUUUUUAAAAACUGUUCCUGUUGAUUUUGAUUUUCUAUCAGUGUGUUUGUAGGUAAAAGGGAGGUUCAUGCACAUCUGUGUGACGGACACACACAUCGAUGGGCUGAUAGGGUUUUUAUUUGCUAUUUUACGAUAUGAAGCCACGUUUAAAAAGUUAAAUUAAUCAAAACGAUUGACUGAUAUAUUUUGGUAUAUUUCUGCUCUGUACUUUAAAUUAAACCUGAAAAGUGGUACUGAGAAAUGUAAUCAGUUUGUGCUCGUUGUGUAGAAAUACAAUUGAUAAUUAUAAAGAGAAGUGUGGGUUGAAGGAGAUUACUAUAACUGGCAAAUGUCAUUAUAUUCCUCUUUUUCUAAAUGCCUUUUCUGGACAAAUAAAAGUUAAAUAAAAUGAUUAAAGUCUGCUCAGCAGUGUCAAUCCAGCUGAUGUGAACAUCCUGUCAGUUUACCUGUAAUAGAAUAUUAUAAUAUAUAAUAUAUGCUGUAUGUAUGUGUUCUUACUCCUGAGCCAUGAUGAAGUAUUUAUUCAUUUUGAUUUUUUUAAGUUAUUAUAAUAUGAUUACUGAUCAAAAUCAAAUGAAAGCAUCUGAAACAUUAUAUUUACACAGUGGUGUGAAGUAAACUAACCGCUAUUCUAAAUCAUUUAUCCCAUCUGCAAUCAGAUUAUUGAAUGCUCCUUAUAGAUUUUGUAUUUCGUACGGACUUUUAUCCUUUGACCAUCACAGAUUCUUUCAUCCCUUAUUAGGCUGAUCCUUCUAUUGUUCUUAUUCGGUCUGUUUAUUUAUUAGUUAGUUUAAUUUACAUCAGUAAUCGUUGUGUGUUAUAUCUUUUAUCUGUGUUUUUAUGUUUCUAUGUACAAGCUGCUCCAAACCAAUUGCCCUUAGAGGGAUUAAUAAAGUUGCUUGAAUUGAA